GAAAAAAAGAAACAAGAUUUAAUUUUACCAGGGAACAAACCCGGUUUCUUAUUUCCACCCCGUUCUUUUCUCUUCACUUCCCCUCAUUUUUCCAUUUGAUCAUAUUAAUCUCAUCUUCUCUGUUUUCUCUCACACUCCUCUCUUUGACUCUUGCCCAUGCCUUGACUCAUCCACAACACAGGAUUCAGUCAAAGUGACAUUUAGACCAAGGCCUGCGGGGCCUUGAUAUUAACGCUUGGUUUGCUUUUAAGGUUGAAAACGGUCUCGAACCGAGGGGUCUUUUUUUGUGUCUUGCUUGCUGGCUUCCUUAUCCCCCGAUCUUACCCGCAAGCCUAGUGUUUCUACUGUCGUCUUUGUCCUUGGCCUUGGCUGUUUCCGUUCACAGAAUACUACCCUCCCCCCCAUUCUUCCAUCUGAAAGGAAACAGACAAGACACAAUUCAACAGGAAGAUUACCUUGAUCUUCUGGUUCCAUGGUGAACCCUGAUUCUUUCCUGCCGACCGAGAGGUCAGGAUCCUUUUCAGGUCGAUCUGCCCAGUUACACGGGUUUCAUGCAUCCGCUCCCAGCAACGGCAGCAAUGAAGCUCUUUCAAUUCCUUUCGUGACCCAGGGUGAUGGAGGCCUUCCCUCCCCUCCCGAGAUGCUAGACGGAUUGUUCCAGACGGAUUCGGGGUAUAAAAUGCCUUCCCAACCCGUCAUGUCGCAUCCUAUCCCGUCGCUGCAUAUCAGGACUGAUAUGUUCGGCUCUGGACCCAUGGACCUCACACCUGACCCUUUCUCCAAUAAUAGCUUAUCGUCCACGAGUUUCCUGCAGAGAACCCCGAGUCUUCGCGCUAUCCUCACCGGCCCCAAUUCAAGUACCGGCUCCUUGUCUCCCGCCUCCGUUUUGUCGUCUCCGCAGUUGAUAGCUAUGGGUGAUAUCACUCCCCUGCCGUCGCCCAUCGGGGGCAUGUCGCCGUGGCGAUUGCACAGAACUGAUUCGCAAUCGCUAUCUCGGACUCCGUCGAAUGCCUCGAGGCCGGGCUCGAGUCUUGGUUUGCGACUCAGCGACUCGUCGCAAAUGUUUGGUCGCCCAUCGUCUCGAUCGCAGAAAGCAUAUCCGAGUUUGGACAGUUUGGGUGAACAGGCUCCUGAAACACCUAGCAAACCACACAAAGAGAGUGCCCCGAAGCAUGCGCGGAAUCGGAGUUUGAGCGAGUAUGUUCCUCCCGCUCGGAGCAUCCCCGUAAAGCCUCGUCCGAUUGUGGUUUCGGGAACGGGUCCGUUACAAGGCAUCGCUCCCUCUUCGAGUACGGACUCCAAGUCAAAUGCUCUACACCGGGAACAAUAUCUCGCGGUCCAUCGGGGUAUUGCGAUACCAACUAUUAGCCCGCCUACUCCGCCUCGAAGUAGUCGCAGUGGAUAUGAUGACAGCGACAAAGAGCCGGUUAUUAUUAACCGCUCGCUCCUAGAUGUACCCGAGCAAAUAUAUACGGUCCGGUCGGUUCGUACCCAGCAGUCUCGGAAAUAUCGCAAACUGCGCCAGCUGGGCCAGGGCACUUUCAGUCAGGUGUGCUUGGCGGUGCGCAUGGAGUUGGGAGAGGAAGGUUACCUUAGUGACGGCUCUAGUCAGAAUGAUGCAGCUCCAGGGACGCAGAAACUGGUUGCAGUCAAGAUUAUCGAGCACGGCCCGGCUGGAGGAGCUGACGAGGAGCGGUUGGAGGUUUCUCUUAAACGCGAAGUCGACAUUCUCAAAUCAGUCAACCACCCUUCUCUGGUGCAAUUAAAGGCGUUUGGAAGCGAUGACAAGCGUGCGCUCCUGGUCCUGGACUACUGCCCCGGAGGCGAUCUCUUUGAUGUUGCUUCAUCCGGUGUGAAACCUAUGUCUCCGCCGCUCAUCCGACGUAUCUUCGCGGAAGUUGUGUCUGCUGUGCAAUAUCUGCAUGACAACUUCAUCGUCCAUCGGGAUAUUAAACUUGAGAAUGUUCUUGUCACUCUCCCCCCUGCCGCCCUGGAAAAGAUCACCGACUACCGCACCUACGAUCGAGCAAUCGUUACACUGAGCGAUCUAGGUCUGUCGAGGAGGAUCCCCGAGCCUCCUGAAUGCCCCCUUCUGCACACUCGAUGUGGAAGUGAAGACUAUGCAGCACCGGAGAUUCUGAUGGGCCAACCAUAUGACGGACGGUCAACAGACGCGUGGGCUCUUGGAGUCCUGCUCUACGCCAUCAUGGAGAACCGGCUGCCAUUCGAUGCUGUUCCUGGUGCUCGGGGCGACCCCGCGAAACUUCGUGCACGAACACCCCAUCGGAUUGCUCGGUGCGAGUGGUCGUGGUAUCGGUAUGCCGACAGCGACGAGGAGUGGGACCCCGUAAAGGGCAAGGACCUGGAGGGCGCACGCGUGUGUGUUGAAGGGCUCCUGAAGAGAAACAUGAAACGUAAGAGCGUUGCCGAGAUUGCUGCCACAGAAUGGGUCAGAGAUGCGAUCGAUGUCCCUGAAGGAUUGAAGCGAGGUGAUAAAGAGGUGCCUUAGAGCUGGUCUCGGGUAUAAAACCAGCAUACUGCGUUCGUUGCAUAUUGAUGCUUGUUUUCCUAUACUAAUUUUUCUGACUUUCUAACUUUUUGACUUUUGCAUUUUUCAUUCUUCCCUUUCUCUACCUAUCUUCACUUUGUUCUCUUUCUCUUCUUUCUCAUGACAUAUGGUUCGAAGCUCCGACAUGUUUAUUGAGCUUACGAUACUUAUUUUAUUCCUUGGUUAGACUGGAUCUGUUAUACCCUCACAUUUUUCAUUCUCUUUAUUCUUUGAUUUACUAUUUAUAUUCAUUCUCUUUUCUCAGAUUGUCUGUUUUGAUAUGGCGUUCAACAACCUUGUGUCUUUCUUGUACGUUAAAAGCAACAGAACGGAAAUGAUAUGCUUUGUAUGAGACAAGUCAUGUUGGUUAAGCAAGGAUUAGAUGUACUCUAUUGUCUAUUAUAAUUUCCAUCAUAUACUAUAGACUAGCAUAAUAUUAAUGAAUAAUGACUGCCACGAUC